AUGAUUACGUUCCAGUGCGCCGGCUGCAUGACGGUAGGUCUGAUAGGUCAGCCGGCGCCGACGUCCGCGCCGGGCACCUUCACCUUCGGCCUGAACUGGGGCAUAGCCUACGAGCUCCCAAACACAACGGAGACUGCGCAGUUCUACCGCAAGAAGUAUAGGAAACCGGUCGCUCAAAGGAGGAGCCGACGCGAGCUGUACGAGAAGAUUGAACUGAUACUUGAAAAAAUGCCGAUGUCGAAAGUGCUCAAAACGGAGCCUUCGCUGCACACAAUAUAUGACUCUGCGCACCGUCUUGGCGCACUGUUGGAGAACUGCGAUAUAUACAAAUGCCCGCUAUCGUUGGUCGAUUGGGCUCAGGGCUACUACAACGCCCCGGCGCCAACCGUGGACACGGCAAGGAGCCCUUGGGCCUUAUUCAGCAGUAAUUUCGGU